CCGGCCGGCAGGAGGCGGAGGUGGAGCACCGCGUGGCCGAGAUGAAGCGCGAGGGGUUCUGGUCGCUGCGGCGUUUGCCGAAGGUGCCGGAGCCGGCGCGGCCCAAGGUGCACUGGGAUUACCUGUGCGAGGAGAUGCAGUGGCUGGCGGCCGACUUCGCCCAGGAGCGCCGCUGGAAGCGGGGCGUGGCCAGGAAGGUGGUGCGGAUGGUGAUGCGGCACCACGAGGAGCAGCGCCAGCGCCAGGAGCGCGCCAAGCGUGAGGAGCAGGCCAAGCUGCGCCGCGUGGCCGCCGCCAUCGCCCGCGAGGUGCGGCACUUCUGGAGCAGCGUCGAGAAGGUACCUGG